UCGUUCUUCAUUUCUAGCUUGAAAAAUGGCUUCACCACCUAAAAAACUGAAAAUUGAGGCGAACGGAUCUCGUUUAAGUAAACUUUUGAUAAAUAAAGGAACACAAGCCUUGAAAGCAAAAUUCCAAACUUUGAUAAGCCCUUUAAAUUUGGCUGCAAAAUUCAAUGAUCCUUCUACAAAGAGUAAAUUGACAUCACUAAAAUUCAAAUUCAUCAACAAAGAGCAAUGGAACCUUCUUUACCCAUCAACUGGCUCACCUGACAUUGAAAAAUAUGAUAUUUCAUUAUUGACUGUUUUGUUACGAAACAUUUGUGGCUUAACAGAACCAUCUGGAGGAUGGAAUAAUCUUCCUUCCUCUUCACAUAUUUCUAUCUCAGAUAAUAUUGCAAGAAUAAAGUUUUAUCGAAACAAAGUGUACGGUCACAUAACUACAACUAGUGUAGAUGACAGUGAGUUUGUGCACUUAUGGCAGGAAAUUUCAAAAGCAUUGGUUGGUUUGGGUAUUCAACAAACUGAAAUAGAUGAAUUAAAUAAAGCUCCCCUCAGUUCUGAAGAGGCAAACUAUAUUGAAAUAUUGAAAAACUGGUAUGAAAAAGAACAACAGUUAAUCAAUGUCGCAGAGGAAACUAAAGAGGAUGUAAAAGAAUUAAAAAAAGAUUUUGAUGUUAUAAAAAAUAAAGUUGAAGAAAUUAAAGAAAACAUGCCAACAAAAGCUGAUGUAGAAAAGCUACAGGGCAAAAUGUGCUCAGAUCUUCAGAAACUUGGAAAGUGUAAGUUUGAUGGUCUUAUAAAAGAUCUUAACAAGAAAUACCUUGAAGGCACUAGACAAUGGUUAUUUGAAGAACUUGACACUUGGUUUAACGAUAGAAGGGAAAAUGCUUCUAAUGUCAUGAUUUUGAUUGCCGGUCCUGGUGUUGGUAAAAGUGUGUUUGCUGCUGAGGUGUGUCGACGAUAUUCUGAAAAGAAGAAACUUGCUGCUUCUCAUUUCUGCAGAUAUAAUAAAUCAGAUUAUAGAAAUCCUCAAAUAUUGAUAGAAUCAUUGGCUAGUAGCAUGUGUGAUACAAUAUCAGAUUUUAAAUUUAAACUGAAUGAAGAAUUACAGAGAAACCAUUCCAAAGAAUCAAUCACCGAUAAAUUUGUUGUUUUAUUAAAUAAUCCAUUGCAUUCAUUAGAAGAUCGUGAACCAAUGCUUUUGGUAAUUGAUGCAUUAGAUGAAAGUCAAGUUGAUGGCAAAAGUGAAUUGUUGGAAUUGAUUACUGAUGAAUUUGGCCGACUACCUAAAUGGAUUAAAAUCUUCAUCACCAGUCGUCCAGAACUUCCUGUUCAAACAGAAUUGAAAGACAUGAAUCCUGUAGAAAUAGAAACUCAGCCUCAUGAUAGAAAGAACAAAUACGAUCUGUGCCAGUAUUUAGCACAUGAGUUGAAGAGUAAUUUCUUCAUUGCUGACAAGCGGCACGAAGACAGUGAUGACAGUGUUGACGAUUAUUACGAUUACAAGGUUUUCCGUUUAUUAAUUGAAAAAUGCGAGGGUUCGUUUCUGUACGCUUACCACGCACAAGAGAGUUUAAAAAAAGAAAAAACUGAGCUAACUGUCGAGAAUAUUAAACAAUUGGUUCCUACUGGAUUGAGUAAAUUUUACAAAGAAGAAUUCAAGAGAUUAAAUGAAUUGUUGAAAGGAAUAAUUUUAUCAACACACAAAAAACCCAUUAUUUCCGAUAAAAACUUUACGGAAUGUCUUGAAGUGUUGGUGACUUAUCAAAGUACUGCACUCGAUGGUUCAAGAUUGGAUAAGUGGGAUGAUGUAGUCACAUUAAUGUCACUGUAUGACCACCAUGAAUUUCGACCAUCAAAGAAAUUUGGUUUUGUACGUGGAAACAUCUGUUGUUGCUCUUUUUCACCUGCCGGAAGUAGACUGGUAACUAGUGAUGGAUCUACUCAAGUAAAGUUGUGGGACGUUAACAAUGGACGUUUGUUAUUGUGUCUACAGUCACAUGAUGCCGUUAAUCGUUGCUCUUUCUCAGAUUCUGAUUCUACUAAAGCAAAGCAUGUUGACAUUGGAUUUAAACCUAAGAAAAUCUUAAAAUUUGGUGAUGUCUUAGUUUGUAACGACCGUAGAGGUUUUGUUCAAGUUGUUAGAAUUACCAAGGAUGCACAGACGGUCGUUGAUAUAUAUUUAAAUUACGACUGUGAAUUGGCUUUGUCGAAUAUCUUUCAAAGAUUGAUCUAUGCUUUCUCUAAAGUUGCCCAAGGACGUCAAGCUAUUGAAUUAGGAGCGACACCAGUUCAAGAACGCAGUAUUCUUAUCAAAGGUCUGGAAUGUCUCGUUUCUAUUCCUAAAUGUAUGGUAGAAUGGAGCAGGGAUCUUUACUUUAAACCUAUUUCUCAGGUGGACGAUAAUUUUGGUGAGUUUUAA